CCGAGCCCAGGCUGCAGCCGGGCGCGCCUGAGCCUGCGAGCCCGCAAACCAGCGAGCAGCGGCCGCGGCCUUCCCUGCUCGCGGUGUGACCCCGGCGCCCCGGCCUGCGGCCCCGCUGAUCCCGGGGCCCCCGCUACCCGGGGCAGGGAUGCAUCAUGGCCACGUUGGCUUGCCGGGUGCAGUUCUUGGACGACACGGACCCUUUCAACAGCACCAACUUCCCCGAGCCGAGCCGGCCGCCUCUGUUCACGUUUCGCGAGGACCUCGCGCUCGGCACCCAGCUGGCGGGGGUCCACCGGCUGCUGCGGGCGCCGCACAAGCUCGACGACUGCACGCUGCAGCUCUCCCACAACGGCACCUACCUGGACUUGGAAGCUACCCUGGCAGAGCAACGGGACGAGUUAGAAGGCUUCCAGGGUGACGCUGGGCGGGGCCCAAAGCACAGCAUCAUUCUGAGGACACAGCUGUCGGUGAGGGUCCAUGCCUGCAUCGAAAAACUGUACAACUCCAGUGGGCGAGAUUUAAGAAGGGCUCUUUUCUCCCUGAAGCAGAUAUUUCAGGAUGACAAGGAUUUGGUGCAUGAAUUUGUGGUGGCUGAAGGUCUGACAUGUUUGAUCAAGGUGGGAGCUGAGGCAGAUCAGAACUAUCAGAACUACAUUCUGAGGGCUUUAGGCCAAAUUAUGUUGUAUGUGGAUGGGAUGAAUGGAGUAAUAAACCACAGUGAAACCAUUCAGUGGCUGUAUUCGCUCAUUGGGUCCAAGUUCCGCCUGGUGGUGAAGACAUCCUUGCGGCUGCUGCUUGUCUUUGUGGAGUACUCGGAGUCAAAUGCACCUCUUCUGGUUCAGGCUGUCUCUGCUGUAGACACAAAAAGAGGAGUCAAACCCUGGACAAAUAUCAUGGAAAUCCUGGAGGAAAAAGAUGGAGUCGACACAGAGCUGCUGGUUUAUGCAAUGACUUUAGUGAACAAGACGUUGUCAGGAUUGCCAGACCAAGACACCUUCUACGAUGUGGUGGACUGCCUGGAGGAGCUGGGCAUUGCAGCUGUGUCCCAGCGGCACUUGAACAAGAGAGGGACUGAUCUGGACUUAGUGGAGCAGUUGAACAUUUAUGAGAUGGUGCUGCGGCACGAGGACGGCGACGAGACGGCUGAGCCACCGCCAAGCGGGCGCCAGGACCGGAGGAGGGCCAGCGUGUGUUUGGGCGGCACAGGCGAGCACCGGGGCCUGGACCGCAGGCGGAGCCGCAGGCACUCCAUGCAGAGCGCCAGGAGUCCUCUGUCAACUCCAGCCAGUCCCUGCUCCCAGGCAGCACCCAGCUUCAAGCCCAGUCAAGUGCAGGAGCACCGUGAAAAGGAGGAGGAGGAAAAGGAGAAUGAGGAAGAGGAGCAGCCAGUCACGGAACCCAAUUCAGAGGAAGAGAGAGAGGAGGAUGCCCACUGUCAGGACAAGGACAGAGAGGCCAGCCCUGUCUCAGAGCAGGACCCCACUGGAAAUGAUGCUGCUCCCCAGACUUCAGUCCUCCCUGCUGCCUCAAGUGCCACCUUGCAGGGAGAGUGGCUUCCGGCCAGCACCGUGGUGGGGCCUGCCCGCCUGCUGCCCCCCACCCCUGCCAUGGCAUCUUGGCCCUCCUCCACCACACCAGGCCCCCCAAAGGCUUCGCCGACCAUAGAAAAGCUGCCCUACGUGCCCCACAGCCCCUUCCACCUCUUCUCCUAUGACUUUGAAGAUUCACCCUUAUCCACCAAGGAAAAGGAAACCGAGCUGCAGAAGGAAAGCAGGUACAGCAGCUUUGGUAACAACUCUUAUCACACAGGACCUUCAUCUGCAGCCACUGUGCCCACCACCCUGACAACACCAUCCAUUUCACCUUCCCCGGAGGCCAGGCUGGAAAGGUCAUCACUGAGUGGGCUUCUCACGUCAUCCUUUAGGCAGCACCAAGAGUCACUGGCAGCAGAGAGAGAGAGGCGGCGACAGGAGAGAGAAGAAAGGUUGCAGAGAAUAGAACGGGAAGAAAGAAACAAAUUCAACCGAGAGUAUUUAGACAAAAGAGAGGAACAAAGACAAGCAAGAGAAGAAAGAUACAAAUACUUGGAGCAGGUGGCAGCUGAGGCGCGUGAGAAGGAACUGAGAAGCCGGAGUACGAGCCGGGGCAGAGGUGACCUCUCCUUGGACCUGACCUCGCCAGCCGUCCCUGCCUCCCCGACCCCUCAGAGCUGGAGCCCUUCAUCUCUAGAUGCACAGGAGGCUCUCACGGGAUCCUCCUCUUCUCCAGGAACACCUCAGCAUCCCCAAGCGAGCACCGGGUGCCCUGAGCCCAAAGCGGAGACAGCACCAGAGGCAGAGGCAGAGGCGGGGCACGUCGCCCAUGAAGCCCACGGGGAAGUAGCCCGUGCCCGCGUGGGAGCCCUGGAGCAUGAGCCGGCGGAGCGGGCAGCCCUGAGUGAGAAGGAGAAGCAGAACGAGGGGGUGAACGAGAGGGACAACUGCUCGGCCUCCAGCGUCUCGUCCUCCAGCAGCACGUUGGAGAGGGAGGACAAGGAGGACAAGCUCCCCCAGGACCAGGGAGCCGGUUUGUGGUCCACGGGUGUUCAGGAUGCUGCUGUAAAUGAGCAGUGUGGUGACAUCCUCACCAACAAACUGUUCAUGCUGGACAUGCUGUAUGCCCAUAACAGAAAGCCCACAGAUGAUGAGGAGAAGGGGGAGGGAGAGGCAGGGAGGACUGAGCAGGGGGCAGAGGCGGUAGCCAGCCUGGCCAGCAGGAUAUCUACCUUGCAGGCCAACUCUCUGGCCCAGGAUGAGAGCAUCAGGAGGGUGGAUGUUGACUGUCUGGACAAUCGGGGCAGCGUGAAAGCCUUUGCCGAGAAAUUCAACAGCAUAUCAGGGUGCAUCUCCCCUGAUGGUGAGCCCAAUGGCACAGUCCUGGAGAAAGCAUCUGCACAGCCAAAGACAGAAUCUGACUACAUUUGGGACCAGCUCAUGGCCAAUCCGAGGGAGCUCAGAAUCCAAGACAUGGAUUUCACUGACCUGGGGGAGGAGGACGAUAUUGAUGUCCUGGACGUGGACCUGGGUCACAGGGAAGCCCCAGGGCCGCCUCCCCCACCCCCACCCACCUUUCUGGGUUUGCCACCCCCACCCCCACCACCCCUGUUGGACAGCGUGCCUCUCCCUCCAGUCCCCAGUAAUUUAUUGGCCCCUCCUCCAGUACUCAACACUCCUCAGGGCUUAGGGUGGCCCCAGGUACCCAGGGGUCAGCCGGCAUUCAUCAAGAAAAAGAAGACCAUCCGUCUGUUCUGGAAUGAAGUGCGGCCUUUUGAGUGGCCCUGUAAGAACAGCCGCCACUGCAGAGAAUUCCUGUGGUCGAAACUGGAACCUAUUAAGGUGGACACAUCCAGGCUGGAACACCUGUUUGAGUCUAAAUCAAAGGAACUGUCCGUGUCAAAGAAAACUGCAGCAGAUGGAAAAAGGCAGGAGAUCAUCGUGCUCGACCCCAAGAGGAGCAACGCUAUUAACAUUGGUCUGACGGUCCUGCCCCCACCAAGGACAAUUAAGAUAGCCAUUCUGAACUUUGAUGAAUACGCCUUAAACAAAGAAGGAAUUGAGAAAAUUCUAACCAUGAUUCCCAGUGAAGAAGAGAAGCAGAAAAUUCAGGAAGCUCAGCUGGCCAGCCCUGAAGUGCCAUUGGGCAGUGCAGAGCAGUUCCUGCUCACGCUCUCCUCCAUCAGCGAGCUCUCAGCUCGGCUCCACCUCUGGGCAUUCAAAAUGGAUUAUGAAACUACAGAAAAGGAAGUAGCAGAACCACUUUUGGACCUGAAGGAAGGGAUAGAUCAACUGGAGAACAAUAAAACCCUGGGCUUUAUCCUGUCUACUCUUUUAGCCAUCGGGAAUUUUCUAAAUGGAACGAAUGCCAAAGCAUUUGAGUUAAGCUACCUCGAGAAGGUUCCAGAAGUUAAAGACACCGUGCACAAGCAAUCUCUUCUCCACCAUGUGUGCACCAUGGUGGUGGAAAAUUUCCCAGACAGCUCCGAUCUGUACUCGGAGAUUGGAGCCAUCACCAGGUCAGCCAAGGUUGACUUUGAUCAACUUCAGGAUAAUUUAUGUCAGAUGGAGAGAAGAUGCAAAGCUUCAUGGGAUCACCUCAAGGCAAUUGCAAAACAUGAAAUGAAACCAGUUUUAAAACAACGAAUGUCAGAGUUCCUGAAAGAUUGUGCAGAGCGAAUUAUAAUUUUAAAGAUUGUCCAUAGAAGAAUAAUUAACAGAUUCCAUUCCUUUUUGCUCUUUAUGGGUCAUCCACCUUAUGCGAUUCGGGAGGUGAACAUAAACAAGUUCUGCAGGAUCAUCAGUGAAUUUGCACUAGAGUACCGUACCACCAGGGAGAGGGUUUUGCAGCAGAAACAAAAACGGGCCAACCACAGAGAAAGAAAUAAGACCAGAGGGAAGAUGAUCACUGAUACUGAUGAAGAGGAUGAAGUUGAGUCUGGCAAGUUCUCUGGCAGUUCUCCGGUGCCUCUGAGUCAGCCCCAGGGCCUGAGCUAUGCUGAGGAUGCCACUGAGCAUGAGAACAUGAAGGCUGUGCUGAAGAUCUCGUCCCCCGCCAUGGAGGACGCCACCCCGAUGCUGGGUGUCCGCACUCGCAGCCGAGCAAGCCGAGGAUCCACUAGUUCAUGGACUAUGGGAACUGAUGAUUCACCUAACGUCACAGAUGAUGCGGCUGAUGAGAUCAUGGACCGCAUAGUUAAGUCAGCCACCCAAGUGCCCAGUCAGCGAGUAGUGCCACGGGAGAGGAAGCGCUCCCGGGCUAACCGGAAAUCGCUGCGAAGGACCCUGAAGAGUGGCCUGACGCCUGAAGAAGCCAGAGCCCUGGGCCUGGUCAGCACUUCGGAGUUGCAGCUGUGACAUCCCCUGGGCACUCUGAGAAGUAUGCCCCAGCAGAGUGCAAGCUCCUGCUGGACGGAACCCCUGCACUGGGGAAUAAGGAGACACUACAUUGACAUCGAAGGUUCUAAAGGGAGCGACCCCCUCUAGGUGUUACGCAGGGCUUGUGAGCAUUCACAUGGAUCUCUGCGCCUCCUCACACUCUCUACAUCAUGUCAGCUGUGUCUCUCUCAUUUCCUUGACACCUGAUUUAGUAGUUCCAAAGCGUUGACACCUUUUCUGUGCAAGGAAUGGCCCUUUUAUGGAGAUCACUUCUGUCACUGUUACUAUGGUCAUAUGAGGCAAUUGGAUUACGUUCACAGACUGGGUCUCUCUACACCACUAAAAUAUCCAGAUGUAAACUCCAAAACUGUACACAAAAGAAAGCACAGAUUGUUUAUCAGUUGUGGAUUUUAGAUGUACUAAAUGUUUAUACAAAUUCAUAAAUGUACACCAUGUUUCAAAACUAAAUAAAUAGUUUAAUGCCAUAACUGGAAACAUUUAUUAUU